UGGCUCAAACAUAGUUUCGAUCAUUGUGUGCCUGUUUGCAUGCAAGAAACGGAAGGGCUGCAAAUGUCCAGCCCUUCAAGCGGAAGCUCGAGAGAUAGCCGGGAGAGCCGCGAAAGCUCGCGAGAGGCAUUCGACGAAUCCGGCAGUGCUCCUGCUGAGCCUGCUGCAGAGCAAAACGAUGAACCAGGCUUGUCAUUGGAGGACGUGCUGCAGAAGUACAAUCUAGAACGAUUUCAAGAAUGUAGCGAUGCCCUAUUUGAAAAGGUCGAGUUCCCAAAAGAGAUGGUGAGUGCAGUUCAUGAAAUGUGGCAAGCCUGGGGAGCUCAAACUGGUUGUAAAGAAACUCGAGGAGAGGCAUUUUACACCAUGCUCUUCGAUGCGGCUCCAAGCUUGCAACUACUCUUCAAGAAUCCCAAGGCGGUUACCGCCAUGCGAUUCAUGGAGGGACUGGGAAGUUUGGUGAGUGUCAUGGGCAAGCCAGUCGCACUUUUCAAAGAAGUUGAAGGAAUUGGUUUCAGACACCUGGACCUCGAUGUUACAAGUAUCAGGGCCGGAUUCUUUCGAGAAGCCCUUUUAGAAGCAAUCGAAGAAGUCUUGGGCAAUAAUUUCAGCAUGUUGGCAAGGGCCGGUGUGCACUGCUUGCUCAAUUAUACAGGAGGAGCCUUCAUAUACAUUCGUCGGGAAUACGCUGGUCGUAUCAAAACAAUCAUGACAAGCUGGAACAUUGUCCAAAAGUCUGCCAUGGAGGCUCAGCAACAGGAGGAGGAGGAGCAGACCCGUGAUGAAGAUGAAACGACUUCAGUGGAGAAGAAGGAAGCAAAAGACACAGAAAAGCUUCCUGAGAAGAAGACUGAGAAGUCCCAACCAAUGAAUCAAGCUGGUCAGGGUCCAGCUGUGCCCGAGGCAGGUGCCUCUGGCGAGGGGAUCGCUGAGGAUAAAGCAAUGAAAGUCCCGACUACAUUCAACGAAAUGCUUCUCUUCAACGCAUCUGUGAUGGGCUAUGGCAACAGCGCUUGGAUGAGUAUUGUACUGCUCCAGUUCGACGACAUGGUGAGAAAUGUUGCCAACUACACGCGCUUGCAAGAAGAGUGCGAUGUCAUGUCGCUUGUGCUUGCCAAGUACCGCGGGAAGAUCAUCCUGCCUGAAUUCAAAGCCGUGACGUUGGCAUCUUUACGCUCCCUGUUGCCUCAGGAUUGGGACACAGAGCAUGAGAUUGCAUGGGGAUGGCUUUGGGAAAACAUUGAGUCGCUUUUGAGUGCGAUGCUAGGCAAGCCGCUAUUGCAGGAACAAGCUCUGGAACGUUUCUUUUUGGGCAUGCCUCCAGAGGAGGCGACCCAGCUGCGCGAGCAGCUCUUUCCAUCUUUCUUCGCUUUGGCACCGGCUGGGCAGGACUUCCUGAAGCAAUCAGCAACCCGCAUCAAUUUCAUUGGAGACAAAGUCGUUGCCAUGACCCUGGAAAUGUAUCGGGCACCACGGCGGAUGGUCGAAGAGAUCUCGGCUUUAGGGUUGAGGCAUGUUGGGUAUGCAAUACCCACCGAAAUGUUCCCACCGUUCGUGUCUGCUGGAGUUGCACUUAUGCAAUCUCACACAACUGAUGAGAUGGUCGUCGAGGCCUUUCGGUGGUCCCUAGCAUUGAUUGCAAAGAUAUUGGUGAGGACAAUUUCUGAAGGAUCUACCCUGGUUAUGAAAGCCAUCAACACCAAUCACAAGCUGACGCUCAAAAAGGCCAUGGAUGUUUCCUCCAGAGGUCAAAGAGCAAAUGAUUUGCUUCGCAUUACCGUAGGCACCCAGUCAAUUUCACCCUUCUAUUGGUCAAUUGACAGUGGUGCUUUGGUAUGUGCACAGACGAUCCUAGAGGAUUUGCUGACUAUCCGUGCCGACCGUGAUGUGUACUACUACGGUUGUAAUGACCUCUUCACUCGUCAUCCAGAAGUGAUGAAGCGCCUUUGUGUCAGUGCUCCAGUUUUGCUGGACACGCUCUUGAAUGGCCUUGUUUGGCGGUCUCGGCAGACAAAAGAAGGCAUGCGGAGGGUAAACUACUAUGUGAAGCACUUGAUACAGGACCUUGAUGGCAAUGCCAGUCCAAACCUAGAGUGGCUGGUGCAACAUGGAGACCCGAACGUGAUCCGACAUCCAACGGUCAUUCUCUUUGCAGACAUCCUGUGGCACAGGGUUGCCAGUAUGAAGUUUGUGGCCUCCAAGCUGUUCUCGGUGCUGAUACUUAUCGUCUUUGUCAUCGGGCAGACAGUUUUGCUCCGCCACUCUUCUCAGCAGACGCCAGAGGAGGAGUACGUGAUGUUUGCCUGUCGGAUCGUCAAUUAUGUUGGAAGCUUGACCAAGCUGACCAUCAGUCAGUUGCGAAAGUUCUUCGCAGAUGCACGAAAUGGGGACUGCCGACGAAUCUUCCGCAUUCCGAUCCCAGCAUAUUUGUUCAAUCUUCAAGAUGCUGCGAGCUGCUGCUUGCUGUGGAUCCUGGUGAUCAUGUGCAUGCAGGAGCCCUUCUUUUGGUGUUUGAGCGAUGGGUUUGGAGUGACACAACAAUGCGAGGGCGCUGAGGCUCGGAAGGACUUCUACUCCGUGGCGGCUUUCUUAGCCAUGAUUCUAUACUGGGUGCUGCUUGUUGACCUUGCAAUUUUCUCCAUGCGCAUUUCAGCAUACGUCUUGGUUUGCGGGCGUGUGGCGGGAGAAGUUGGUCUUUUCCUGGUUGCAUUCGUCCUGCUUUUGCUCGCGUUCAGCACUGCUAUCAGUUCUUUAUACCAUGAGAUGCCAUCGAAGGCUGGAGCAGCUGUAUGGCUGGAGGAGUUGACAGCUAUGAGCCUGAGGA